AUGAACAUCCACAGCUUGGUCCACUUUGGUUUCGAUCUCACGCUGGUGGCAAUGCUUCUCGCGGCCCUACGACAGAAUACUGGAUACGUAUUUGCCUUCGAGCUGACCAGCGGCAUAAGCCAAUACGUCCACAGGAUGUUGGGCUGGGGCGAGUGGUGCUACUCCAAAUUUGUCAACUAUGCUGUCGGGUCGCAAUACUUCCGCAAACAGCUUCGCAGCGACGGUUUCACAACCAGAAGCGCUAGAGAAAUAGAGGAACUCGGGAGAUCCAGCCGUAGCGCGCGCAACCGUCGUGUCGAGUAG